GACGUCGCGUCGCGUCACGUCACAUGGAAAAUUCUAGAGAAUUGUGUUCGGAAAUCUGAAAUAGACUUAGCUCAAGUAAAAGCCGCAUUCAACUCAAGCAAGAAAGGCAGUCGUUUGAAAAUGUCAAUGGAAACCAAUGGAAAUGUGGCCAGUGACGGCACCACGGGCUUGACGCCACCACAGCUUUCGGAAAUCGGCUUGUGCACCGCCACAAGAAUUUCCAAGAUGGAGGCGGAAAAGGCAAAGGCAAAGGCAAAGGCAAAGGCGACCGGCCAGCCCGAUGGCGAUGUCGAUGACGAGCUCUUUGUGAAACGGCCCGCUUUCCAUGGGCGCAUGGUCUCAACGAAGUCCAUCUCGGUGCCCGGGCAAGCUCUGACAGUGGUCAAUCCGGCGAAGGAGAAGAACGUCCUGGCCCCUUUCGCCCACUUUAUGAGUCAAGUGCUAGCUCAGCGCUGGAUGUGGUGCGAGUUCGCAUAUUCGUUUAUCGACGAGCCCAUAGCGGGCAGCGCCUUCUACGAUCUAGACAAGCUCAUCAAGGAAAUGGGCCAUCGGAUCGCCACGCGCACCAUGCCGCGCCGCUCCUGGCAGCUGGUGCGUCAGCCGAUUGGCAGGCCGCGACGCUUUUCAAAGGCCUUCAUAGCCUCAGAAAUCGAGGAGUGGGAUCACCUGCGCGACCUUGUGCGCCAGAUGCAGAAGGGAACCUUCGAUGUGAAGAAGCACGAGAGCGACUUGCCGCAGCUGCCCAGUCGUGUGCCGAUGGCGCUGGCGAUGGACACCAAGGUGACGAGCUACCUGCCGACCGGAUUCGCCCAUGGGCUGGUCGUCAGCCACGAGCCCAAGAGCAACACCUACCUCGUGAAGCUGAGCGUUGGGGGAGCCGCCAAGGAGAAGGAGAAGCAGAAGGGGAAGGAGAAGGAGCUGGAGAAGGAGCAGGAGAAGGAGCAGGAGAAGGAGCAGGAGGAGCAGGAGAAAGAGCAGGAAAAGAAGUGGGUGCGCCUGAUCGACAAGAAGCUGCAGGCGGACAUGGGCUGCGAGAGUCUGCCACUGCCCAUAAUGAUGGUCACGACCGCUGAACCCGCUCGCCAGGAAGGUGCCUCCAAGAAGGACGAAAAGGCGGCCACGUUCUCGAGUGCCGGCUUCAGCAAGACGCUGCUGGAGUCCGUGGUGGAGCUUAAGAACCUCAUGAUCAGCAAGCAGAAGACCGUCGACGUUUUUAUCGCGUUGAACAAGGAAUUCGAGACGAUCAGGGCUCAGCGCCCGGUUCGUCGUGAACCGAAGUCGAGCGCCGAGCGCGACGAGCAGCAGCGCUGCUUUGCGGCCAACAUGAUCACACUGCAUCGCGUCAACGAGAGCAUGCUGAAGCCCCUGCGUAUCCUCCAUCAGUAUCUGGACGAGUACAAGCAGAUGGAGGAUCUGAAGGACAAGACCAUGACGGCCCGCGAGCGCUUUCAGCAGUGCCGGCUGCAGUCCGACCUCGAUCUGAAGGCGGCCGAGGCUCAGCACGGCCUCGAGGUCACAUCGGAUGCCACACGCGAACUGAUUCGCACUCUCCACACGACCCUGUAUCUGUGCGGGGCAUUGAGAGGCGAACAGGGCUCCGACAUUCGCACCAUUAUCAAUGAUCUGAUGUCCAGCACAAUGGAGAAUAUGCCGCCCGAUUUGAGCGCCGUUUUCAAGCAGAAGUUAUCCAAAGUUACACCGCUGUGGGAGGACCUUGGGCGCGUCCGCAAGCAGCCUACCUUAAAGGCAAAACCAAUUGCUAUCCAGAAAAAGCCACCGGGAAAGCAACCGGAAAAGCAACUGGGAAAGCCACUGGGAAAGCCACUGCCAAAGCCACUGGGAAAGCCACUGGGAAAGCCACUCGGAAAGCCACUGCCGCCACAGGUAAAGCCACAGCCGAAGCUACAGCCAAAGCCAAAGCCACAGCCGAAGCCACAGCCAAACCCAAAGCCACAGACAAAGCCAAAGCCAAAGCCAAAGCCUAAGCCAAAGCCACAGCCACAGCUACAUGAAAUAAAUUUGGAGGAGUUUGUGGAUACCUGUGGACUCUAUCAGUCCUAUCAGACGCUAGAAUCGCUCGAACAGUCCAACCAAAUGGCCCAGCAGCACGAUAUCGUCUUCGACGACUUGAUGGAGCCACUCCUGGACAAUCUCUUGGACGAGUAGACGCAUAACAGCUUCCUCUGCAUACAGAAAUAAAGCCAUGGCCCCAAUUUAUGGCAUAAUUACAAGCCUGGCCAAGUGCACUAGAA